AUGCAAAGCCAAACCUAUGCACAGGGCACGCUGAUCUGGAUCAAGCAUGAGGAGGAGGUUUGGAUCCAGGCGGAGAUCGUCACGGCCAACGAUAAGGAGAUCAUCGUGAAGACGGCAGAAGACCCGAAUAGCAGGAUCGUCUUGGGGCCUCACGAGCCCAUCUUCCUCAGGACUUCAGAUGUCUUCACUUCCGAGGGUUUGUCUGUGCUGGACGACCUGUGUCAGCUGACGCACCUGCACGAGCCGGCAGUACUCAGCUCCCUACAAAAUCGCUUCGACAUCGACAAGAUCUACACCUUCACGGGCCCCAUCCUCAUCGCGCUGAAUCCCUUCAAGGGCAUUCCCGGUCUCUACGAUGAGGAGGCGCAGUUGCAAUUCGCCCUGCACGGCCCACGGCCCACGGCCCGCGCCUUCUGCUGUGAGGUCUUGAAAAGUUUCAUGACCACGAAGCCCUCCAGCAAGCCGCACGUCUUCAACACCUCCAACGCCACUUACCGCGGCAUCUGCGAUCGUCGCAAGAGCCAGACGGUGCUGAUCAGCGGGGAGUCUGGAGCCGGAAAGACGGAGACGACGAAGUUCGUCAUGAAGUUCCUGGCCAUGGCCGGGGCCGCGGACGGCGAAGUCACCAGCGUGGAGAAGCAAGUCUUGGAGUCGAACCCUUUGCUCGAAGCCUUUGGCAACGCCCGUACCUUGAGGAAUGACAACUCCAGUCGCUUUGGAAAGUUCAUCGAGUUGCAGUUUCGAAGCUCUGGCCAAGAUGCAUCAGCUUUAGGCGUGGCCGGCGAGAACUGUCGCCUCUGUGGCGCCCGGAUCCAGACUUAUCUCCUGGAGAAGGUGCGUGUCUGUGACCAACAAGAGGGCGAGAGAAAUUAUCACCUCUUCUACGAGGCCUGCGCAGCGGCUUCUUUGGCUGCUGGCAAUGGCUAUACGUUCCCGCAGAGGCUGGCCAAAGAGAAGGUGAAGGAGGUGACAUUGAACCUCGAGGGCUUUGCGGAUCUGGCGAACUUCGCUUACCUGACGCGAUCUUCCUGCAAGACAUUGAAGGACGUGGACGACGUGGAGAUGUUUGAGAGGCGGAUCCAUGCCAUGCAGACAAUCGGGAUUCCGCACGAAGAGGUGACGCAGAUCUUGCGGAUGGUCGCCUCGGUGCUCCACUUGGGCAACGUGAAGUUUGAUGCUCCGCCGAACAACAGCGAAGGAUCCAUGUCCAUGGCCGAGUGCGAAAGCUCGGUGGAAAUGGCGAGCAAGCUUCUGGGAGUGGAUCGGAAAGCUUUGGAGUCUGCGCUCUGCAGUCAGACGCGGGUCACUCGCAGUGAGAAGAUUCGGAGCCCCGUGAACGUGCGCCAAGCCGCGGACAACAGAGACGCGCUGGCGAAGGCGGUCUACGGCAUCGUCUUCAACUUCAUCGUGCAGAGCACCAACAUGUCCAUCGGCUAUGUUGAGGACGUGAAGCUCUUCGCAGGCGUCCUGGACAUCUUUGGCCUUACGCUCAGGCUCAGGCAAAGCGAGGCUUUGAGAGCGACCGAGCCGCUUUGCAUUAACUUCACCAACGAGCGGCUGCAGCAGUUCUUUAACUCCUUCGUCUUCAAGCUGGAGGAGCAGCUCUACGAACGAGAGGGCAUCGAAUGGGACCCACUCGACUUCCCUGACAACCAGGAUGCCGUGGACAUGCUUCAGGCAAAGGGCACCGGUGUCUUUGCGAUCCUGGACGAAGAGUGCGUGGUUCCCCAGGGCUCAGACCAGGGCUUCAACAACAAGCUGAUCAAGCAACAUCGAGGUCACAGGCGCUUUGACGAGAUCAAAACAAAACCGUCCUGGUUUGUGAUCAAGCACUUUGCCGGCCCUGUGAGCUACUGCUCAGAUGGUUUCCUGGACAAGAACAAAGAUCAGCUGAGCAAUGACCUCAUUGAGUGCAUGGGGGCGAGCACCAAUGAGUUCAUCGUCAGGCUUUUCAGACAGGACGUAAAAUAUGGCGAAGUUCUGAACAAGGAGGAGUCUUCGGAGACCGGUGCCGGAAAGAAAAAGAAGAAGUACACGGUCUGCUGCUUAAGUCUUGAUCAACUGGCCUCGCUUAUGGACAUCGUUGAUCUGACGGAGCCCCACUUCGUGCGCUGCAUCAAACCCAAUCCACAGAACGAGCCGGACCGCUAUGAUCGAAAGGCCGUCACCGAGCAGUUGAGAUACGGGGGUGUGCUCCAGGUGGUGCAAGUCAGCCGAGCUGGCUAUCCGGUGCGGAUCAACCACCAAGAGUGCUGGGACGACUUUAAGGUCAUCGCCUCUCCACAGAUUGUUUCAGGGCUGAAGCACGUGGACGACUCCAAGGUCAGGGCGCAGAAGCUGCUAGAGCACUUGGCCUCAGAGCUCAACGUGCCGAAACCCCUGCAUGGCCUGCCCAUGGCAGUGGGAAAAACACUAGUGUUCUUCAAGCUCCCAGCGUUCGAACGGCUGAAGUUCGCGCGCCUCGAGCUACUCGUCAAAUCUGCGACACAGAUCCAGGCUGCUUGGCGUCGCCGUGUUCAGAUGGGCAAGUACAAGGCAAUCUGUCUCUUCACACGCCACAUUCAGGCUUUGUUGCGAAGCAAGCAAGCGCGAAGCGACCUGAUGCGCCGGAAGCAAGAGGGCGCGGCCGUGAAGCUUCAAAGCCUCGGGCGCCAAUUCGUGGAACGCAGAAGAUACAAAGCUUUGAUGAAGAAGGUUGUAAAGAUCCAGGCCUGGCAGAAAGGCAUUUGCGGACGGCGCUAUGCCAAGGAGUACCGGAAGGUGUCUUCGGCGACGCGCAUCCAGCGGAACUGGAAGCGUUGGAAGACGCAGCGGGUCUACAAGCUCUUCCGGCAAGCAGUCUAUGUGGCGCAGGAGCGCUUGAGGAUGCACGCGGCGAAGAGUCAGAUGAAGAAGUUGAAGCAGGAGGCCAAGGAGGCGCCGCAAAGGGUUUAG